AUUUAAUGUAGCGAGGUAUGGUAGCACUUGAGAAUAUGUAAAACUUGGUAUCACUGGCUAUUCUAUGCAAUUUUGUAUUUUUGCUUGUGCGGUUCUAUUAUUUUGAAUUUAAAUAAAACACAAAUGCGUUGUUUGCAUAAAGCGUUGGCAUUGUUUGACCAAGAAUCACCGAUGGAUUAUUGCGAGGAAUUCGACGAUACAAAAUCGGUAUUGGCUUACUGUAACAAACAUGUGAAGCCUUUCUCUAAAGUACAUUUCCGUGGCGGCAAUGAUCUAUUCAUCAACGAAUUAGUACGCCGUCUGCAGGAAACAUUACUCGACCGGCAAUUGAUCGAUCCGGAAACUAAAAAACCAUUAGCGAAGGCACAUCAGAAACUGCGCAAAAUUCUGAUAUUUUUGUUUGCCAACACCGAUGCUACUUACAAAUACAAUUUACGCGAAGACCCCACAAUUGCACACGUUUUGGAACAGUGCCCUCUACUACCGAAAUUCUUAUUAAUAACACUCGUUUGGGAGUUGCAACUAGACCAAUUUUUCUACGAAACACUCUCAUAUACACCGUGUUGGUUCGCUUUCCAAUAUUUCGAAACAGCUGCAGACACAAUGAAAUACAUUGAAGAUCCAUAUGAAGUUUUAGAAAAAGUAGAGCAACUAAUGCGUGCCUUGCUCAUUUGCAUAUCGCGUUCGGAAUAUCGCAAGAUUGACAUGGUGGAUAAGAAAAUCAUUUACAACAAAUUGUAUGAUUACAGCAUGAAUUUACUGCGUCAAUUCUAUACACCUGACUCUGAAAAAUUUAAGCAAUUCAGUAAAUUGCAAUUUUUUCGUUACUCAGGAUUUGCCUUAAAACACUUGCUACAAAUGAUCUUGUUUGCAUUUGACUUAUAUGAAGCGCCAGAGAAGGCAAAGCCAAAUAUAAAUGUAGAUAUUUAUGAAAUUUGUCAAGAAAUAUGUCCGCUAGUGCCAAAUAUUACAGCAGUUAAACCCUCGGAUAAGCUUAAAGAGCAACAGUUAAAGAUAAUAAAAGCUCUACUCAAUUCACUACAAUACAAUGUUAUGUUGGUUAAAAUAGAUGUUUUCAUGUAUUGGGUUGAAGUAGAUAUUACUCCCACUACGACACUACAAUUAUCAAUUGGUGAAAUGAUUUACGAAGUUGGUGAACGUAUGCGCGCAAAUUCUAAAUUUGGACAUGAUGUCGAAGCGCAGCUAAAACUGCUGGCGAUUAAACCUAAAACGCUCAGUGAGACAAUUGAAACUGCAACGUUGGGAGAAAUCUUGCGUAACUUGGACGAAAAUUCGCCGCAACACGUUAAAAAAGCAUGGUUCGAUGAGCUUUUUAAUCGGUCCAUUGCGCUGGGUAACGAUGAAUGCCUGGAAGCCAUCAAAGAACACAUCAAGUUAAUGACACUGCAUAAUUGUCAGCAGGCCUUACAAUUUAUCAAACAAUCAUCGCAGCUUUCACAAUUACAGGCUAGCGACAAUGAAACUGAAGAAGGUGGCGGAGAAGGCGAAAAUAGUGAGAAAACGCAAAUAGAUCGAAAUGAUUUUGAAACUUUGACAUCAUUAAUGCUUUUGGGCAUACAGAAUUUUAAAUCCGAAGAUAUAUUACAAUUGUUAACUUUUCAAACAAAAUUAUUCGGCAAAUCUACAAAUAUUUGCUGUCAAGACGACUACCAACGACGAGUAACCGAGUUUCUCAACAAAUAUGCCAAUUCAUUUGAUUUCCAACAAUUCCUUGUGCUCUGUUUCGAGUACCCCUCUCAAAUGUGGAGCAAAUUCUUUGAGUGUGCCUGCCACAAUUCGGAACAUGUACGCAACUUCUGCAAAACAGUACAACAAUCUCGACCAUUUUCUAAUAUUUACUUUGACGAAUUGCUCGAAAACGCAAUGCAUGAUGCCGACAAGCUAAAGCAAAAGAAAUUCCCUGAGCUUUUGUGUGAAAUAUAUUUUGUUCUCUACCAUCCUUCGCGAAAAACAGAAUUUUUGAAACAAUUUAUGAAUAAAAAUGUCAAUGCAUUCUUAGAAGCACAACGCUUUGGGCAUUUGCUGCCAAUUGUGAAGGCUUUGAAUCUAAUUGCAGCCCAUGGCGAAACACAAUCAAAUAAACCAUUAACAUUUGGUGAAGUUACUGCACCGGUGUUACUGAUGGCUGCACAAAUUAUGGAUAAAGCGCGUUGGGAUCUGAUCACGUAUACAGAUGAACGAGACGAAUUGGUGCGUGAAUGUAUACAAUUUAUACAAUACACGUCCAAGAGAUUUCUACCAGUAGCAACAGAAAAAGAUCGCAAAUGGAUUACCAAAGUAAUUAAGGAUUCGUAUCGACCCAUAACACAGUAUUAUUUUCAAAAAUUCUCACAGACACCAGACCAACCGCCGAUCGACUUCGAUCGUUUUCUCAUACGUUUGGAAAUUGAGGACAAAUCAGAGGCUGAAAUGUUUCUUAUUAUUAAUUAUGUACGUUGCACCAUGAAAGAGACUGAAUGGCUGGCCCGUAGUGAGCGUCUCCUGCCACACAUUUCCGAUGUGCUCAUAAUUUUAAGUGGCGUUGUUGUUGAAACAGACAAUCCAAAUGCUAUCAAUAACUAUCGCCACUGCCUAACAAAUUAUGCAAAUAUUGUAGUAAAAUUUGUAUUGCCACCCUUGAAAAACGAUACGAAAAAAAUUGAAAAAUUAAUGCUCAAAGUGUUGAAAAUUAUAGAAUCAGCACCAACGCAAUUAUAUGAAGAAGUCUUUAUGAGUUUUACGCCUUUACUUCUGGAUAUAAUGCGAAAUUGCGCGCAUCCAUUGAAAGACGAGGAUAACGUAGUGAAAUCUGUGCGCAAAUUCAUUGGUAGCAUGAAAGACUGUCAAGGAAAAGAACUGUUCUUGGAAAAGUUCCAAGCAUUAGUAACUGAACUAUUAACCUAAAUUCGACUACCUUUGCUAUUUGUUGAAAGUAAAUUGAAUUACUUUAAUUUUCAUUAAAUUUCAGCGCCCUAUGAAUUAAAUUCUGAAAAAUAACUGUGAAUACAAUUUUUGUUAUUAAAUUUCUAAAUAUUAAUUUUUUUUGUUUAAAUUAUAAAAUAUUUGAAUUUGAAUUGUU